AUGAUGGUCGUUGCAGUCGCCGCCACCAUGCUGUAUGGACUUGGCCUCUACCUUCUCCGCAAGAAUCGGAAGCCAUGGGGCUUCUUCAUCUCCCAUCACAAGCGCGUGGCCGGUAGCUUUGCACGACUUCUGAAGAUCCAGCUGCAGCAGCGGGGGUCCGCCUUCAAUGCCUUCUUGGACACCGACAACCUGCGAGAUCUCAAGGAGCUUUUCGGGUUUGUCAGAGACACCGAGACCUUCGUCAUCUUGGCAAGUCCGGGAAUUUUGGGACGGAAGUGGUGCGUUGGUGAGAUCACGACCGCCAACUUGCACAAUGUUCGCAGCGUGAUGGUAAGAUGGCCACAUUUCGUGGACCCAAACGAAAACAUGCACGAGAACCUCUCAUUCGCCAUUCCCGGCAUUGAGGCCCUGACAGCUUACAGCAUCUCCCUCCAUGAUGUCUCGAAGGCCUUGCACUGGAUGAAGACCCUGCAGUCCAUCGCCUUUCCCAUUGCGCUGGACUUGGGGAGUAUGGGCAAGAUCUGCGAUGCGCUGACCGGAACAGUGUCGCCACCUCCCGAAAGGGCAGCUUGCCCAGACUGCGCCAUUCUCGCAGAUCCUGGAAAUCACGAGGCGGUGGCAACUGCACACGUGCUUUCGGAGCUUUUGAAGUCGAAUAAAGAAGUUCGAUUGUCGCCAGUGGUGCUUAAGGCAGCUGAGGGCAUUCCGGACGAUGCUUCAAAAGCACUGCUCAUUUGCUCUUCCGGGUGCUUCCAUUCAAAGGCUCUUGCAUCGUGGCUGAUAGAGCUUUCAACGUUGCAGCUGCCCAUCCUGCCCAUUCUGGCAGAGCCUGAUUUCAUACUGCCGACAGAGCCCUAUGAGAAUGCAGUGGCUGGGGUCGCGGAGAUGUUCACCGACGCAGAAAUGGCCACCUAUGCUGACAUGUUGGGAAUGAUCUUCCAGGAGAUUGCAAGCGUUUUGGCACCGCAAUCAUACGCCAGCACGCAAGAAGAUCUGGAGCUGCGAGUGAAGCAAAUAGCGUUCCGCUUGCGGUCGAAGAGCACUUGGGCGUGGACGGACCUGGUGGUGCGUCGCGAGUCUGAGCCCUUUGAGGAUGUAUUCCGUGUUUAA